GACUCGGCCAGUGUGGUCACACCCGCUCUCCGCGGCGCCACUCUCACUCCUGGCGCGCGUGCCCUUACACCCGCACUCUCCCUCUGUACCACACUGUAGCCACCCGAGUCCGCUCAAAAACUAGCCGACAGUGUAGGAUAAAUCCACAGCAGACCGUACCGCGAUAUUCGCUGGUCAGUGCUAGUAGUGAUCUACAAGACUUGUGUGUUGUCCUUCAAUUGCUGCCAGACAUAAAGAAGAAAUCUACAGUAUGGUAAGAUCUCUGACAGUAUCGCUGGUGCUGGUGGUGGCGACCAGCAGCUGGGUCAUGUCCCAGAGACCCAACCACCCAGUUUUCUUGCCCGGCACCCGCUCCAGCACCGACUCCAGCAUCACUUUUCUUGAGAAUCCGGGUAACCCAGUUACAAGCAAGCUUCGCACAAAGGAGAAGCCAAAGUGCUCACUGGAUACAGCUCCCAUUGAUGGUGAACCUUGCAACGAAGAUCCGGAAUACGACAACAUGGUUAAACAGCACGUGGCAUUUCUCUUAAGUAGGAACGAAAGACUCCGCGGGCUAGUGAAUGACCCUAGCCUCAGAAACAUUCUCAGAGACGUGGAUAUCAACACCACCUUCGUGGGCACCAGCAGUGUCAACACCAGGAUCACCCCCCUCGAGCAGGAGUCUCCAGUCUGCUCCUCGGCCGAGACGCUCAUCUUCCCCAAGCGCGGCAAGACCUCCAAGAAUGACUGGGUCUUUGUGGUCAACCAGGACAAUGUCCAGCAGGCUCUGAGGGUGGAGAAGUGCAUCAAUGAAGGAGAAUCCUGCAACUUCGGGAUGCCACUUCAGGGGAAUACAAUAGCAGUGUGUCGCCAGAAGUAUGUGUACCGGAGGAUGCUAACGGUCGGCAGCAACGACAUACAGCCGGAAGAGGUCCUCAUGCCCUCAUGCUGCGUCUGUUAUGCCAGAAAACCAGGAUUUGAUCUUAGUGUUCGGGUGGGUGCGUCACAGCCAACCAUGACACCCACAUCAGGAGUACCAGCCCCUUCCGGACCACCAGUUGCCAACACACGAACCAUGCCUUGGAGGUUUACGCGUAGACUGAAAUAACUCCACCACUAGCUGGAAUACAGCGAUACUCACAUUUUUUGUGAACUUUUACAUUUUUUAAUUCUCUAUCAGAUUUUUUCAUUGUCAUAAUCAUUAAUGCUUUAUAAUUAAACAUAAUUUUCUGGAAUGAAUCUAGAGUAAUCUGGACAGUUAGUUGCAAGUAGUUAUAUAGGAAAAAGUGUAUUGUUAUGAAUUGUUCUAUUUCCUCAAGUAGUUAUGAACAUGUAUUUUCAUAUGAAAAAUACCUUAAUAAGCAACUAAGAGAUGCUGGUCUCUGUUAGUUAACAAUGUCAGCUUUAAACAGUCAAAAUGAGGCUCAGCAUUAAUAUAGUGAACCAUAAUUUCCCAUGUUAUAUUGUGUACAAAGCUCAUUCUUUUUUAACUUUGCUAUAAAAAAAAUACUUUCAGUAGAGCUCAUAGCGUGAAAUAUUUUUGAUCUUGCCAAAUCCUACUUGUCAUGUUAGCAAUACAUAAUCACAAGUAGGUGUAUGUGAUCCGUUUAGCACAAUUUCUUAAGAGUUCUCUCUGUUUUGUCAGUUGCUGGGCAUUUAAUAAUGGCAGAAUGGAGGCUUUUUCCUUAUAGACAUUUUUCCUCUGGUUUACUAGUUACAUUUCAAUGCAUUCACUGGAUGCUGCAGGUUAUAUAAAAUUCGAAUUAUCUGUCAUUCACAUAUUGUACCACCAAAUGUGAACUAUAUAAAUGAUAUACAAAUUAUAA